UAUUUGGAUACUCUCAAUCCAUAUAGUUUCUUCCCGAAUAUGGGUAAAAUGAUUGGUGUCGACCGAGUCAAAGAGGAGGUGCGGAGGAAGCGGACAGCGGAAGGAUGGAUCCUACCGAAGCAGGAGUCUAGCUGGGCUCCUCCUGGUACCUGGAGCAAUCUUGAUAUGGAUAUAACACCUGUUGAAAGGAGGACUUGGACGAACUGGACGAUGUUCGGGUAUUGGUUCUCGGAUAUUAUCAGUAUUCAAAGCUGGCAGACCGGCAGCACAAUAUUGCCUCUUGGACUGACAUGGCGCGAAGCUGUCUUUGCUGUCAUCUUUGGAUCAUUCUGCAUGGCUGUCCCUAUGUCACUGAACGGUUACGCAGGAGCUCGAACUCAUGCUCCUUUCCCUAUCCUAGCUCGAUCAUCCUUCGGUUAUCACCUGGCCAAGUUUCCAGUCAUCGUUCGCCUAAUCACGGCGCUUUUCUGGCACUCUAUCACCAAUAUGCUGGCAGUGGGACCCAUGAUUCAGGUCAUCAGAUCGAUUUGGCCUUCCUUCAGGACUCUCCCUAAUAUCAUCCCGGAAUCAGUGGGGAUUACGAGCCAGCAAAUGGUUGCAUAUUUCCUGGUGUGGGCUGUACAAUUUCCCAUCGUGUUAAUUCCACCUCAUAAGAUGAGAUGGCUCUUCACUGUCAAAGUCGCGAUGUCGCUAGCUACCAUUGUUGGCAUGACCAUCUGGAUAUGUACUCAGGCGGGCGGUAGUGGUGAUAUAUGGAAGCAGCAGGCGACGGUCUCUGGUUCGACGAAAUCCUGGCUAACAAUGUGGUCUUUAACGUCCUGUGCGGCAAGCUGGUCGACUGUAGGCGUUAAUAUACCAGACUUUACUCGAUAUCUGCACAACCCAAGGUCUGCGUUCUCCCAGGCAGCCUACUUUCCGAUCAUAUGUAGCUGGGUCGCCAUCAUCGGUGUCGUGGUAGCCUCAGCCUCGUUCAUGAUUUACAACGAAUACAUAUGGGACCCAAUCGCCAUCAUUGAUUUAUGGGAGGGGCCUGCUGGGCGAGCUGGUGCCUUUUUCGCUGGUCUCUCCUGGCUUAUUGCGCAGAUUUGUGUGAAUAUGAGUGCGACAGUCAUUUCCGGGGCAAAUGACCUCUCCAAUUUGUUCCCCAAGUGGAUCAACAUUCGCCGCGGAUCCAUCAUUAUCACGAUCAUCGGAGGCUGGGCAAUGGUGCCCUGGAAAAUCCUCCAUUCCGCAUCAUCGUUACUGAGCUUCAUGAACUCACUCGGAAUCUUCUUGGCUCCAACAAUGGGUAUCCAAAUCGCCGACUUCUACGUCGUCAAGCGACAACAUUUGGACAUCCCAGCAUUGUAUCAACCACAGGGCCGCUAUCGCUAUGACUAUGGGAUCAAUUGGCGUGCGCUUGUGGCGCUCAUGUGCUCCAUUGUACCGGCGUUACCUGGACUGGCCAAGAACGUCAAUCCUGACGUCAAGAUUGGUGGUGCUGAGUAUCUCAACAAUUUCAGUUGGUACUAUGGCAUCGUAGUAGCUUUCGUGGUGUAUUCAGGACUCAGUCUGAUCUGGCCUGCUCGCGAGGCACUUGUCCCACGCAUGAUCGAGUCAAUUGAUGAUUUUGUGGAAGGGCAGCAAGACUUGGGCAAGGGGUCGGUUGUCAUAGUCACGGAUGGAAAACGAGCAUAA